AUGAGCACACCACGGCAAAAUCUACCGGAUGACAUGAACAAUGACGACGGUGGUAGUCGUAGCCGCCAUAGAGCGCGGCCAAACCCUCUCGCCUUCCCGCGAGAUCGCGCCUACGGCACUCUCAGGGACGACAACGACGGCGAGGGCGGCUGCAGCGCCGGUGUAGGGAAUUCUCGGCAAAGUGGACUUCUCAGGAGUGGCAGCACACACAGGCUACCUAGAAGCGACUCGAUGCCGCUGUGGAGCCACGUCAGCUCACCCAUCAUUCAAAUACGAGACCACUGCCAUCAGCAGUGGCUGGCAGUUUUGCUCACGAUUGUUCUGCUCUUCCUCACUUUCUACUUUGUCUUCUGUCUUUCAGCUCCAAUGCGGGCGGAGUGGUGCGCCACACCGUUCGGCAGCCUGCUGGGCGAGAGCAGCGGUGUAGCGGCGUACAGCAACUGCCGUAACGACUACGGUGGGGAUCGAAUGGAGCGCUUCGUGUCGGUAGGGCUGCAGCGGCUCAGCACCGGCUUUAAAUGGAAGGCACUUGAGUAUGCCCGUCGCUACUGGAUCCUGAAAUUUCUGCUGACCUUUCCACCCCUUCCCAGAGAAGAUUAUGUCAUUCUCACGGAAGCAGCCAACGCCGUGAAUGGGCUUCGUGGCGGUCGUGGCAGCUCCGUCGUGCCGCUGGAGCGGUACGCAAAUCUUUUUCUGCCAAGCGUGGUGCUGCAGAACAGCAGCCAAGACAUGCCGGCGAUGAAGCUAAAUGGAGAGCCUAACAACCUCUCAGCUAGCGUGCAUCUAAAGAACCGGCAGAAGGCACUCGUGCAACCGUAUGAUAUCGUCGUGUACGCCAAGAACUCGCGGACGCUGCCGUCUGGUCACGUCGCGGUCGUGAUCGCGGUGCACGGCCCCUUCCAUAGCGUCAUCGCAGCCGGCAAGGAGGUGCACUGGUUCAUCGUGAAGAACGCCUCGACGUUGGGUCGGCAGCCUAUGGCGCCAUGGUCAAAGCUGCCGCAGCAGCUUCUCUCACAAGGGAAUGGGUUUGUCAAUGACUCCGUGGCGCAGCCGAAAAACGCGACUAGCUACGACACGGAAACGUACUCUGCUAGUAGCGAGUGUGAGAACGCCUCAGCGAAGGGGAAAGCCAAUAUGAUUAGCGGGUGUAGCGUCCUCUAUUACAAGGUGUUUAUUGCAGAGCAAAACUGGGACAACUCCUAUUGGGACACACUGAGCUAUUUGACCGGGUCUCCUCCACACAACAACACGGCGAAUGAGCCGUCAUCGAGGCGGCGACGCAAGACCGCAGCAGGGAUGCGCAACUACACCCGAGUACUCCUCCUACACGAGUACUCGAACCCGCACGGCUUCUUCCUCGAAGACACGCACAACAAUGUCAUUCUUGGCUGGGUGCGCGCCUCUUCUGAUCGGUAA